CUAAUGCCGGCCACAGACUAUCAGGUACACCUGACAGCCUGUCAGGCGACCUGACAACUGAUGAAAAUUCGAUCAGUUCUGCUUGACAGGCGAGUAGACUUGACGUGUGUGUGGCGGUGUAACCUGAACAGGUACAUACUGAAAAAUGUCGCAACGGAAUAAUGAAGUUCUUGGUGAUUUUAUUGAAAUUUAUAAAAGUGAACCUUGCUUGUGGAAAGUGAAAGAUAAUGACUAUCGCAAUAGAGACCAGAGAGAUGCUGCAUACAGAAAAUUAGUGAACAAAUUGAAGGAAAUAGAGCCUGAUGCAAACGAGACCUUGGUUAAAAAAAAUCAACAGUUUGAGAUCCAAUGUUCGAAAGGAGCAGAAGAAAAUUGACUCCUCAAUGAAAUCUGGCGCCUCAGCAGAUAAUGUAUACAAACCUUCUCUUUGGUACUUCGAACUUUUUGAUUUCAUAAAGGACCAAGAUAAUCCUAGAUCAUCGGUCUCAAAUUUAUCUCCUGAAAGGGACAAUGAUGAGGUGAACAUUGAUGACCCAUCUCCAGAGGAAAACCAAUUGUCACCCACUGUCUCUCAAGAAGAGCGGCGGGAAUCGAAUCAACCAGCGGCGUCGGCUGGGAUUUCACGACCUGGGCCCAGUAUAAAGAGGAAAUCUAAUGAUGACAUAUCAGCUGAGAUAUUGUCUACUGUUCGCGAUCAUUUCAAACGACCGCAACCACAAAUCGACUGUUGCGAGCUCUUGGGGCGAACAGUAGCUAUAAAAAUGAGGGGCAUAAAAGAUAAACGCCUGCACAUCAUGUUCGAAAAAAAAAUUAACGACAUAUUAUAUGAAGCAGAAAUGUGCGCUAUUAACUACCCAAAUUCCACUUUCACAAGUCCACAACAUUACACACCAUCUCCCACAAAAAGUCCACAACAUUACACACCAUCUCCCACACCAAGAACAAAACCCAACUUCUCACAACAAUACAGAAACAGCAUCAAGUUUUUUGUCAAAUUUCACUGAAACUUUUGAAUGAGUAAAUAUGAAAAUAAAAAGUUUGUUUAAAUAUAUUAAAA